GAGUACCAAGCGCCGCGCACUGUCAGUUCGCGUCCGUCUGCCGUCGCUGUGUCCUCGUCCUUGCUUCGUUCGCAGUGCCGCGAUCGCGUACGCGAUCGAACCACCACCACGACGACGACGACGACGACGUCGAGUACUAUUACGACGACAAAGUCUUCCAAAGUCGGAGUCCCCCAAAGGCAAGGCCAAUAACCCGCCGAGUAUCGAGUCCACUCGAAAUCUAUAGAUCGGCAGUCAUCGUGAUCGAUCGAUCGAUAGGUCGAGCGGGACCUGCGGAAGCGUCCUUCGCCGGGACGUUCUCGUGACUAGUCCCGACUAGUCCCGGGGUAGUUUGAUUUGAGUUUCCUUCAGGAUCCUUCAGAACCUGUGAACACUCGCGGAGCGGUCCGCGAACAUCACGGGGAAGAAACUCGCUGAGAAUUCGAGGUAUCUCGCGGCGAUUGGAAGAAAAGUUCAGAUUUGAACUCGCGCGUGAGCGAGACGUGCGUGAGGGGAAACUACUUCGCGGAGAAAAGGGAGCAUGAGAGAGCCCGGGUCCCAGUAGAUCCUGGUAGACGGUGAAAGCGACUUGAAGAAGUGACGGUCUCGCGGAGUCGUCGAACAUUUUCGGUAAGCGGAAAUCGGAAGUUUGAUCCUCGGGCGAUUUGUAAACAGCACGCGAACUCGGCGAGGACUUCCUCGCACCUCGACAGCCGACGCUCGGCGUCGUGCGAAUUUUUCGCCACGUGGCGGUGAACGAUUCUGGACUUCUUCGGAUCGUCGGACGUCGGAGGCGCACGUCUCGUGUUUUAUGACUUCUGAAAAAGGCUCCCGUCGCAGUCUCCUUGCCCACGACAUUCCCGCAGAGUCCAGAGGAGGAUCGUCCGGCUGUCGCGCGAGAGCUUGACGAGGAGACGAGGAGUUGGUGCUUCGCACGUCCUGCGAAUCGCCGUCGAUUCGUUUCCACGCAGAACUUCCCGCGGGAAAAUCUCCGCUCUCCCUGUGGAUUUUCGGCCCUUUCACCAGUGCUCCCUUAAGAUCCCUCUGCAAGGGAAGAGGACGGACUCUCCUUCGGGCUUCGUAUUCUGGGACCUUUAGGAUGAACAAGCGUGACAUUUAAAGGGCUUCUACUCAUCCCGAUAUCCGCCUCUGAAUAGUCCUGAAUACAAUAAGGCCGGCAUAGAACAGUGGAAUUAUUAGAAGGCAAUAAGACCUUGAAGUUGAUCGAUCUGCGGCCUGAUAGUUUUGAAGAAUCGCUGAAUUGAAUCUCCUGCCGCUCUCGGCGAAUGGUAGAUGGAUCUAUUUUGAUAUCUGACAGAAAGUCGUCCUCUCUGCUGCAGCGUUUUCGAAUCGAGACUCGCGGCCAAUCGAUCGAUCGAUCGGGUACCGAGAGUGUGCGUGUGGAUCGUGCAUGUCCGAAGUCGGCGAUUCGCAGGCGAUGAAGAUGAGCAAAGUGGGUAAUCAGACCAAUUCGCAGGACCCACAGGCGGUGAACUCACGCGUCUUCGUCGGGAACCUGAACACGUUUCAGUGCAGCAAGACCGACGUCGAGCGAAUGUUCCAGCGCUAUGGCCGCCUCGCCGGUAUCUCCAUGCACAAGGGCUAUGCGUUCGUGCAGUUCACUAACCCGUUCGACGCGCGCAGUGCGUGCCUCGGCGAAGACGGCCGCACCGUGCUCAGCCAGAUUCUCGAUGUGAACAUGGUAGCCGAGCCGAAGCCUCACCAGACCGGACGUAAACGGCAAAACGUCACCAAGACCGGCAACGACUGGGACUACUACUAUGACAGUUACUACGCGUCGACCGCAUUUCCACCGCGCUUGGCACCACCGUUGAAGCGGCCGCGUCUGAUGCCACCGACGCGGGCGCAGCAUCCGAAACUGCAGAAACAGCAACCGACGGCGAACAUCAGCACAGUGCCCGACUUGAAUCAACUUAAAGUAUACAGCAAUCCGGACAUACUGAUCUGCGGCAACUGCAGGGAGAUGUUCACGGAACUCGGGGAGCUGUUGGAGCACAAGCGAAACUAUUGCAAGUUGCGGUUCACAUGUAAAUGUCACACCUUCAACGGAGCCGCCCCAAGAGACUCGACGACGUCGCUGCUCUGCGUCCUCUGCAAGCUCUCCUUCUUGAGCGCCUGGGAGCUGAUGGUCCAUGCACAGGCGGCCCACAUGAUCAACAUCUACGAGCUGGGCACAAGAGCGCCCAGCCCGCCGCGAAGUCCCAGCCUGGACCAGCCGAAGGAGUCGUCGCCCUCCCCGCAGGAUUUCCAGGAAAUCAAGGCUACGGACUGCGAGGAGCGCGCGGAGGAGGAGGAGCUUGAUGGACACGAGUUAAUACCGUCCCCUGACAGUGGCAAGUCAACGGACAACGAAGCGGCUCUGUCGCCGAUCAAGAUUCGAUCUGACGUCAACGGCUUGGAUCACGAGGACUGCGACGAAUUGAUCCACGUAGAGAACACCACGCAGGCCUGCAUCAUGCACGCUCUCAGCAUUGAUUCGUCUUUAGAAUUGAAUUCUGAUACGAGCUCGAGAGGGGCUUCUGGAACAGUAAUGGCCUUGACCAAUGGAUCAUUAUCAGCAAAGGAAUAAACGAGAGAAGAAGAGAGAAAGAGAAGAGAAAGAGAGAGAGAGAGAGAGAGAGAGAGAGAGAGAGAG